AUGACAGUGACGACAAACUUGCUGGCCGUGCGUGCCAAAGUAGCUGAGGCCCUUGCCAAAAGUCCAUGGAAGCAGCAGUGUACACUCGUGGCUGUAAGCAAGACCAAGCCUUUGGAGGAUCUGCAGGAGGCAUACGAAGCCGAUCAGCGCCACUUUGGCGAAAACUAUAUUCAGGAAUUGGUCCAGAAAUCACCGCAGCUGCCUUCUGACAUCAAGUGGCACUACAUUGGUCACGUCCAGUCGAAUAAGGCUAAAGUACUCGUGCGUGAUGUACCCAACCUUUAUAUGGUGGAAACUGUUGACUCUAUCAAGAUUGCGAAUGCGCUCAAUAAGGCGUCGAGUGAGUUUCGCACGGAAAAACUCAAUGUGAUGGUGCAAGUCAACACAAGUGGAGAAGAGCAGAAGUCAGGCACCGAUGCGGACGGCUCAGUUGAGCUGGCCUGCCAUAUCGUGGCGUCCUGUGAGCACCUAAACCUCACUGGGCUUAUGACCAUCGGCCGCUACGGUGACACCACGUCCGAAUGUUUUGACCGUUUGGUGGUCUGUCGGAAAAACGUGGCUGAGGCGAUCGGGAAGGGUGAGACAGACUUGGCUGCCAGUAUGGGCAUGUCGGGGGAUUUUGAACUCGCGAUAUCGUGCGGAAGCACGCACGUUCGCAUUGGUUCGACCAUCUUUGGUGCUCGCGACUACGCUAAGAAAGACUAG